GGCCGCGGCGGGUUCUCGCCAGCCCCAGUCGCAGGGAAGCGCCGCUCCGGGAACACGACCGAAAAGGAAGCGACCCGCCCGGCCGGGAAGCCCUGCGCCGCCCCGCCCCGCGCCGCGCCUCGCCCCGGGCAGCUGGUCCCUGCCGGCAGCGGGCACUGCCAGGCGUCCCUCCGCUUCGGGCUGCUGGGGCACCCGCUGGGCAUUGCCAGGCGCCUGGGCACCGGCCAUGGCUCGCCUCCGCCUGCUGCUGCUGCUGCUGCUCCUGGGCCGCUGGCUGGCGCUCGGCGGCGCCUUCAAUCUGGACGCGGACGGCCCGGCUGUUUACUCCGGCUCGGAGGGGAGUUACUUCGGCUUCGCUGUGGAUUUCUUCGCGCCAGACUCCUCCUCGAUAUUUCUUCUGGUGGGUGCUCCAAAAGCGAACACUUCACAACCUGACAUUGUAGAAGGAGGCCAGGUGCUCAAGUGUAACUGGAAUUCCAACAAAAAUUGCCAGCCUGUUAUAUUUGAUUCCACAGGUGACAGAAAUUUUGCACCUAAUGAUCCACUGGAGUUUAAGUCUCACCAGUGGUUUGGAGCAUCUGUGAGGUCUAAAAAUGAUAAAAUUCUGGCCUGUGCCCCCUUGUAUCAUUGGAGAACUGAAGCGAAACAGGAGAGAGAGCCUGUAGGAACUUGUUACCUUCAUGAUGGAUCUAAGGCUGUUGAAUAUGCUCCCUGCAGAUCGACAAUUAUUGAUGCUGAUGGACAGGGAUUUUGUCAAGGAGGCUUUAGCAUUGAUUUUACAAAGGGCGACCGGGUACUUCUUGGAGGACCUGGAAGCUUCUACUGGCAAGGUCAACUCAUUUCUGAUCGGGUGGCAGAAAUUGUGUCUAAGUCUAAUUCCAAAGUCUACAGUAUAAAGUAUGAUGACCAGUUAGCAACACGGUCCGCUAGUGCUGCUUUUGAUGACAGCUACUUGGGUUAUUCGGUGGCUGUUGGAGAGUUCAGUGGUGAUGGCAUAGAAGACUUUGUAUCUGGGGUUCCAAGAGCAGCAAGAACGCUGGGCAUGGUGUCUAUUUACAAUGGGAAAAAUAUGUCAUCCUUGUACAAUUUUACUGGAGAACAGAUGGCUGCCUAUUUUGGAUAUUCUGUAGCUGCCACUGAUAUAAAUGGGGAUAAUUACACAGAUUUGUUUAUUGGAGCUCCCCUUUUUAUGGAGCGUGGUUCUGAUGGCAAACUUCAAGAGGUGGGUCAGGUCUCCAUAUGCCUUCAACAAGCUUCUGGAGGCUUUCAGAUCGUAAAGCUGAAUGGGUUUGAGAUCUUUGCGAGAUUCAGCAGUUCUAUUGCACCUCUGGGGGACCUGGACCAGGAUGGCUUCAAUGAUAUUGCAGUUGCUGCACCCUAUGGUGGAGAGGACAAAAGAGGGGUUGUUUACAUCUACAAUGGAAGAGCGACAGGUUUGAAUGCAGUGCCAUCUCAGAUUCUUGAAGGACAGUGGGCCGCCCGUACCAUGCCACCAAGUUUUGGGUACUCACUGAAAGGAGCCACUGAUGUGGACAAAAAUGGAUAUCCAGAUUUGAUUGUCGGAGCCUUUGGUGUUGACACAGCUGUUUUGUACAGGGCUAGGCCAGUGAUCAGUGUAAAUGCCGGCUUAGAAGUUAACCCGACCAUUCUAAAUCCUGAAGAAAAAAUCUGUGAACUGCCAGAUACUCGUGUGAAAGUUUCCUGCUUUAAAGUAAAGUUCUGCUUAACAGCUGAUGGCAAAGGAAAGCUCCCCAAUACACUCACCUUCCAAGUGGAGCUGCUGUUGGAUAAGCUUAAGCAAAAAGGAGCCUUAAGGAGAGCUCUGUUUCUCCAUAACAAACAGCCUGGUCACUCUAAGAAUAUGACUGUUGUCAAAGGGGGCACAAUGCGUUGUGAAGAACUUCAGGCUUUUUUGAGGGAUGAAUCUGAGUUUAGAGACAAACUUACUCCGAUCACCGUUUUCAUGGAAUAUCGGUUGGAUUACAAAACAGCCAAAGACUCAGCUGGAUUACAGCCCAUCCUCAACCAGUUCACUCCUGCUAACAUUAGCAGACAGACACAUAUUCUGCUGGACUGUGGUGAAGAUAAUAUCUGCAAACCAAAAUUGCAGGUUGCAGUACACAGUGAUCAGAAGCAGAUCUAUAUUGGUGAUGACAAUCCUUUAACCCUGAUUGUCGAUGCCCAGAACCAAGGGGAAGGAGCCUAUGAAGCCGAACUCUUUGUUAUCAUUCCACCUCAAGCAGACUUCAUUGGUGUUGUUCGUAACAAUGAGGCUUUAGCACGUCUAUCAUGUGCAUUUAAAACUGAGAAUCAAACUCGCCUGGUGGUCUGUGACCUUGGAAAUCCCAUGAAGGCUGGGACUAAACUAUUAGCUGGGCUGCGUUUCAGUGUGAAUCAGCAGUCAGAGAUGGACACUUCCGUGAAGUUUGACUUGCAGAUCAGAAGCUCCAAUCUAUUUGACAAUUUAAGCCCAACCACAUCUUAUCAGGCUGACCUUGCCAUCUUAGCAUCUGUUGAAAUUAGAGGUGUCUCUUCUCCUGAUCACAUCUUCCUCCCCAUUGCAAACUGGCAACCCCAGGAGAAUCCAGAGACAGAAGAAGACAUAGGACCUCUAGUUCAGCACAUAUAUGAGCUGAGAAACAAUGGUCCAAGUGCCUUCAGCAAGGUGAUGCUAAAUCUUCAAUGGCCUUACAAAUACAACAAUAACACCCUGUUGUAUAUUAUGCAAUAUGAAAUUGAUGGACCCAUGAACUGCACUUCAGAUAUGGAGAUCAACCCAUUGAAAAUUAAGAUUUUAGUUCCUAAAGCAGAUGAGAAGAAUGAAACAAUUAGGGAUGAAGAUAAUCGUGAUCACCAUAUAAAUCGAAGAGAUAUAACUGCCAUUGAAGGCGAUGUACAUACUUUGGGCUGUGGAACUGCUGAAUGUUUAAAAAUAGUCUGCCAAGUUGGCCGCUUGGAGAGGGGAAAGAGUGCAAUAUUGUAUGUAAAAUCCCGCCUUUGGACCCAGACCUUUAUGAACAAAGAAAACCAGAAUCAUUCGUACUCGCUCAAGUCAUCAGCCUCAUUCAAUGUUAUAGAGUUCCCUUACAAGAACCUUUCAUUUGAAGAUAUCCACAAUUCUACAGUAGUUACCACAAAUAUCACCUGGGGCAUUCAACCACAGCCCAUGCCAGUGCCAGUGUGGGUUAUAAUUUUGGCUGUCCUAGCAGGAUUAUUGCUCCUGGCUGUUCUAGUCUUUGUAAUGUACAGGAUGGGGUUCUUCAAACGUGUGCGACCUCCUCAGGAAGAACAAGAAAGAGAACAGCUGCAACCCCAUGAAAAUGGCGAAGGGACGUCAGAAGCUUAAAAAGAGUUUUAUCUGUGUAACAUACUGAAACUGUAAAAAUGCCAGCAUCUUGGUUACAAAUUUUGAUUUCCCUCUUAAGGAACAGACACUCCACGACUGCACUACUGCUGAUGUCUUUUGGCAUUGGGAAUAGCCUUAACUACAGAUUAAAAGCAAUAUAUUUAAUUCUUCCCUUGUAUUAAUCACGUUAAUAGAUGUGACUAAUACAUAUGCACUGAUUUGGAUGUCAAAAACAUACAUCAUAUUUAGUUCCAUGAUUUUGCUAAUCUAAUUUCAGAGACACUGUCUUCUGAUGCACAGACUAGUGUUGUACGAACUGCUACAUAGAUUUCACUUACACUCCGUAAACCAGAAGUUCCCAUAGUUAACUGCUAGAUUUAGUAUGUUCUCUGUUGAUGGACAUUUACAUUCAGACACUAAUUUUCAAGCUCUGUGGCUAGAUGCACAAAAUGAGUAUAGCUUAUUUUACAAGUCUGCCUUGAUUGCAAAGCUUUUCUGUCCUUAGACUGUAGGCUGAUGAUUUCCCCCAAAAAAGUAUACAUGGGAAUAUUCAGCAGGAUCAUUCCCAUUUGCCUUCUCUUCUGCAUGUUGGUAGCCCUUUCUAUAGGGAGUUGGGGGUCAGCUGCUUCCAUGGGACCAUUUCUUCUCCCCUCUCCCACUCCUCUUGAUUUCAUAGAUGGUGCUUCACAGGUCUUGGCCUGCAUUUUUAACCCAGUAUAGUUACACUGAUAUCAACCCUAGUGUGGAUGAUGUUAUAUCAAUAUAAAGGUUCCUUCUGCUAGGAUAGCUUAGUACCCUCCCAAACAUAUAAAUAAACUAUACCAGUAUAAAUUCCUUUAUGCCAAUGUAACUGUGCCCACACUAAGGGUAUGUCCAGACUACCCGCCGUAUCGGCGGGUAGCGAUCGAUUUUUCGGGGAUUGAUAUAUCGCGUCUCAUCUAGACGUGAUGUAUCGAUCCCCGAAUGCACUCCCAUCGACUCCGGAACUCCAACGGAGUCAACACGGGGAGCUGCGGAUGUCGAUUCCGCGCUGUGAGGACCCGAGAUAAAUCAAUCUAAGAUACUUCGACUUCAGCUACGCUAUUCACGUAGCUGAAGUUGUGUAUCUUAGAUCGAUACCCCCCCUAGUGUAGACCAAUCCUAACGGUAUUAUACUACUUAAAUAUACUAGGAUAGUUGAACUGAUGCAACUUUUGUAUUUGACAAGCUCUAAGAGUAACACCAAGGACAGAACGCUUUGGCAUGUAUUCAGGUUGCUUGGGGCAGCAUCUCCACUGUGAAUACCCCAAUGACCAGAUAACCUUUUUGCUGCAAGUUGUCUGAAAUUAAUAGCUUGUUUAGACUUUCAUUUCUGCCUCAUGUCUGGUUUUUUGAAAACCAGGACUGAUUUUCACUCUUCAUUGCAUUCUUCUUAGCUGAACCACUAUUCUUCUGAGUUAUUACUGAGAAAGUCCAAAGUUAGUAAGGAGUUAAUAUGUAUAUUGGGCAGCUUGCUUUUUUAUCCAUUUACAUAUUGUUUUAGACAGCUGUUUAAGUGAAAUUAGUUUAUAAUGGAAAUCCUGGCCUCACUGAAGUAAUGGAUUUUACCCACUGCCUUUAAUUUUAUAGUAUUGUUAUUGUAAUCAUAGAGGGAGGAAUCAGGACCCAAGCCAUUAGGGACAUGUCUAUGAGGCAUCUUGGGGCAAGCCUCCCACCCUGGGUCCACAGAGUUGCUCUAGUGGGGCUCAUGCUGGCACUCAAAAAAUAGAUGUUUUGAUGUUGCAUCAUGGUCCAGAACUCAGGCUCUCAAGCCCAUCUCACCCCACCCUGGCUUCAGAAUCCAACCUCUAACCUGACCCGUCUACACAGCUGUUUUCAGAGUGCUUGUGCAAACGCUGCUAAUGUGAGCCUUUGGACCCAGGCUGGGAGGCUGGGUCCCAGAUGCAGAGUAGACAUACCCUAGAUGGCCUUGUUGUAUGUGUUUUAAGAUGAAACAGGAGUGACUUUUUUUAUUAAAUUCAGCUUCAAUUGAGGCUUGAUCCUGCAGUUAUACUGCACACCUGAUUCCCAUUGAUGUUAGUCAGAAAUCUGCACAGAAGGACCAUUGGAUUCUUUGGGUCUAGUCUGAAACUUAGGCUAAGCCUAGAGAUUGAAGAGUCUGUCAGCAGAGAGAACAUGGCUCUGAUUCUGCAAACAGGUAUGUGCUUAAAGCACGUGAGUAGCCACAGUGAUUUGGAAUCAGCAGGAGAAUUCACGUAUCUAAGGAUGAGCACAGGACAGAGGCCAUUACAGGGAGACAGAAAAGCACGGGAAAGCUCAGCUCAUCUGGGAGAGGUGUUAACAUUAGCAUUAACUACCUCCUGAUUUUACGGUCAGGAAAGCUUAUUUCUUGGCAUUUAGGGUACAAAGGUAUAAUUUCAGCACCACUGCUGUAACUAUGGAAACUUCCAUUUGUACUAAGUUGCAUAAAGUAAGAUUUCUUGAAAUUAUUUGUAUUUCUUAUAUUCUACUAAAGAAUAACAGCAAAUAAUUGCCUCCCCUCUUUGAUUAAAAUUUCUGUACAUCCACUAAUCUCCAGUUUCAUUGUUAGAAAACAGUAACAUAGCUGCAGUGUUCAGGUUACAUCAUAACUGCAACUGGACACAGCCCCCAGUUCAGGACAGCACAUAUGCACAGGCUUAAAGUUAAGCAUAUGCUUAAGGGAUAUUUUGAACAGGGAUGCUUUCCUGAAUUGAGGUCUUUGUUUUUACAAUCUAGAUUUGGCAAUAAGAUGAUUAUAGAAUUUAUAUUUUCUACUGUCAUAAUAGUUUUCAUAGUGGCCUGCAAGCGCUACUUGUAUUCUUAUAGCAAGUGUUUGAUAAUGUUCACUUUUUUAUAAAGAAAAUGUGAUAUUUUUGUAUGCAAUGAAUGCCCCUGAAUCAAAUGCUGUGCAUAAAAUACGAAUAGCAGAUAGCUUAUUUAGUCCUCUUUUCAGAUAAACUCAUUUCAUAAGUCAAAAUUCAUGUAUAUGCACUAACAACUUGUGAAAUUAUUUAGCCUAAGAGGGCAAUUUAAAACAUCUAGAUCUUUUAUGAAUUUAUAUAACUACUCCAACUUGCAUUAUUGCAGCAUUUCAUGAUGUAUCUUAAAAAGUAUUGAGAAAUGUAUAUUGUCUGGUACCAUACUUUGACAAGAUUCAUGAGGUGUAAGGAUGUAACCUCACUUGUAGGUUUAAAUCAGUCUUUCAAGAAACACUAUUAAAGUUCAGUAGUAGAUAUAUUGUUGUUAAGCACAAGUGGGAAGCCAAACUUUAGAUAUUUAUAUCAAAAGUCAAAAUCUUUUAGAAAUGUUCACAAAUGUCUAUAUUAGACUUGUAGUUCUAUCCUUUAAAUUUAUGAUUGACGAAACGAUCUUGGUACUUUUUAUACUUUUAAAGAAAGUCUGCUACUGUAUUUCCUUUCUUUACUAAACAUUUUUUCAUCUCUUUGUGUAUAACUAAGAUUUAAAUCCAAACCGUGAUUUUAGUAUUAUUCCUAAAAUUGUGUCUAGCCUUGAAUACUUGUAACCUUGUUAAAAUGGACUUUCAUAGGUAUUUUCGAAAGUAUUUCAGCUGGAACUAGGGGAUUCUUGGUGCUUUUGAAAUGUUCAUUUUAUUAAUAUAUAGCUAUGAAAGUGUAGAGCUUUACACAGCAAAAAAUGCAUUAAAGAAGUUUUCUUAGGAGUGUCCGCUACUAUUUCAGAGGGGUUAAAAGAGAUUUGACCAUUUUGGGGGGAGGAGGGGAGAGGGGAAGAGAUCUUGUUUUAGAACCAGUGCUCAUGCCAGAGGGAGCUAUGGGGUAUCACUACUGAGCACUACCAAAUCGCAUCAGAGAGCAGCAUUAGCGUGGAUAAAAUCUAGUCAACUCUGUUUUACUGCAGAGUGGGGCCUGUUCCAAAGUCCUGUGAAGUCGGCUUUCAGUUGGUCUGCUCAUGUACAAUGCAGCUGUCUGUGAAUGGGAAAGAAUUGAGGUUAUGUAAUAGGAAAAUGGCAGCCCAGAAUGAAUGGGUAGGUGGCAGAAUGUGCGCUGACCGUGUCACUUUCUUGGGGCGAUAAGGGACUCUUUCACUUGUUGACACAAGAGCUGAGGAAAAAAAAGUUUUGUGCACUGUGUACUCCUACCACAAAGAAAUGCAACCUUUUGUUCCUUUUAGGAUCUAAUCCUGGGAGAUGCUGAGCUCUCGCAGUUCCUUGGGAUCUGAACUUUUUGGUACUCAGUCCCGAGUUUUUAGUUCUCAAGUGCAAUAUAACAUUAUAAUCAGACCUAAUUCACUGCCAAGUCAUAUUUAAGUUUAAUAGGCCUAACCUAAGAUGUCAUGUAGCAUUUGUUGACUUACAGGAGUCAAUACUUUUUAAAAACCUUUUACAAAACUAAUGUAUUAAAUGGAGUUGAUACAUGACUGCUGUAGAAAGUGUUUUGAUCACCCACAUUGGGUCAGACAUAAUGAGUAUAUAUUCUAAAGUUUAUCAGUUGCUAACUCAUUGGUUGGGGUUAAUGAGAUUUGGUACAAUGUUUUUCUUUAAAUCCACUGUGGAAAAUUUGACUAGUGACUGUACAAUAAUGUAUUUGAGUCUGUAGUGCUACUACUGUUUCAUAUGUUUGUGCCUCUUAUUUCAGUGUCAUUUUUUUCCAAAAGAUAUUGGAAACUUUUUAAUAAUAGCAAAGGAAAUCUAAGUUUAAAUGCAUUGUCCUUGUAAAAAUAUUUUACAUUAAGGUUGAAUAACUUGACCCUUGACUUUUACAAAAUAAAUAAAGAUUUAACAUAACAUUAGAAACUGCAAUGAAAAUAUUAGUUGAGUGGCCCUUUCUGAUCCAUAAAGGAAACUUACUUGUUACGACAAUUCUGUUUUGAAAAUGUAAAAUUUAAUUCUUCAUUUUAUAAGACCAUUUUGCAUGCAUUUUGCUAGUGCAUUAAAUUAAUACAAUGUUGUCUGUGCAAGCAGAAAAUUAACUUACUAACAAGACUAUCACAAAUUUGGGCAACUAGUGUUCCUAGCUAUUUGAUAACUAUAUUCAUGAAUCAAGUGGAAAUAUUUUCAAAAGUUACAAAAUUGUUUCAAGGGGCCUUAUGGAACAUUUAAAGAGAGCAAUAUUCAUUUUCAGCCAUCUUAUUUUUUUAAAUAUAAAUCACACAAAUUGUGUAUUGCAGCAGGAAGAACUGCAUUAGCAUCAGAUAUGGCUAGCAAACCUUUCUUCUUUUCCUUUAAAGUCAAUUUUUAAUCCCAGAAAUCCACUGACAUCUUACAAUUUAAAAUGAUUUCAUUGGGUUAUAUUUGUAUAGCUCUGUAUUUGAUUUUAGAUAUAAUUUAAAAUAUUCAUGAUUGGAUAAACAGAUUUUCAAAAUCUGAUUGUAAAUGUUAGAUUGAUUUUUAUUAGAAUUUUGGAAUAAAAUACCUCAAUAAAAAAAUCUUCUCUGAAUUAUUUCAAAGGAAUAUGCACUUUAAAAAAAUUCUAUAAAAUAGUCAGUAGAAAAGUUCCAGAGUAGCUGCUUGCAGCCCACAAGGAUUCAUUGAGUAUUAAAAGGUGCACAUUACACAGAUGUCAAUUUCUCAGCUGAAGUUGCACUUCCAACAAGGGGAUUUGUUACUACAGUAAGGGGAAAGAGAAGCUGGUUGCAAUCUAUUUUCUCUCAUUACUGGAUGACAAACAUCUUGCAACAUAUCUCAAUAUCAAAAAGUUAUAUCUGCAAGGUCAUUAUUUUAUUGACGGAAUGGUCAUUCCAUGGUCAUUAAUUUAUUGAUGGAAAACUGUCAGUUUUUAUCCUUUUCUUAAAUGUGUAAAGUUACCAAGGGAAAUUUCUGGGAACGAGUGUUUAAUUUUCUAGUUGUACAUAUUAGGACAAUUUAAUUUCUUGGGUUGUUUUCAAAUUAACAACUGUAUUCAUCUUUAUAUUCUGGGUGAUUGUAAAUAUUUUGCUGGACAAAAUAAUAAAGGGGUGCAUAUUA